UGUUAUUCCUUAUUGUAUUGUACUUUUCGUUCAUGUGUCAAAUUGAGCUUUCGGAUGUUAAAAUUACACGUUGGUGGGUGAUGCACCAACAAGCAGUUUGCUAGCUUAACGUUAGCUAACAACACAACAAGUCAUUUCAGGAUCCAAUGAUGAGUUACGUGGAAAAGCCUGAAGACAUUACGAAAGACGCAUGGAUGGACAAACUGAACAAUGUACAAAUACAGAGGGCUGACAUGAACCGGCUUAUUAUGAAUUACCUGGUGACAGAGGGGUUUAAAGAGGCAGCUGAGAAGUUCCGGAUGGAGUCUGGGAUCGAGCCCAGUGUGGACCUGGACUCGCUGGAUGAGAGGAUAAAGAUCAGAGAGAUGAUCCUAAAGGGGAAAAUACAGGAGGCCAUCGCACUCAUCAACCACUUACACCCAGAACUGCUUGACACCAAGCGCUACCUGUACUUUCACCUGCAACAACAGCACUUGAUUGAGUUAAUCCGACUGCGGGAGACGGAGUCUGCUUUGGAGUUUGCCCAGACACAACUGGCAGAGCAGGGUGAGGAGAGCAGAGAGUGCUUGACAGAGAUGGAGAGGACGCUGGCACUUCUUGCCUUCGAUACCCCAGAGGAGUCGCCCUUUGGAGACCUGCUAAACAUGAUGCAGCGACAGAAGGUGUGGAGUGAGGUGAACCAGGCUGUGUUGGACUACGAGAACAGGGAGUCAACGCCCAAGCUGGCCAAGCUACUCAAGCUGCUGUUGUGGGCUCAGAACGAGCUGGACCAGAAGAAAGUGAAAUACCCCAAAAUGACAGACCUCAGCAAAGGCAUUAUUGAGGAUCCCAAGUGAAAUGACGAGCAGUGACAUGGACUACCAUACUUUCUCCUAUUUAUAAUCCGUGAAAGACUGGAUGAUAACGGAAAAAUAACAUGUAUAUAAAUGCUUUUUUCAUGUUGCAUAUAUGAGAGGACUUAAUUGAGUGUGCAAAUGCUAUAUGGCUGUAAAAAAAGAAGUGUAAAACACGAUUUAAACAUUUCAACAGAGUACCCACAUUUAUAUACACUUUGAGAGACCACACAUUUAAAUGGCUGGUUUAUAUUUGAUUACCUGAGAAAUUGGUAUUAAUCAAUUUUACUUGAGUGUCAUGGUCAGUUCUGAAUUUUAAUUAGUUUUUUAAGCCACUUGAGUCACCACGUUGAGUGUGGGUGUUAGGCUUUUAUACAAACCAUAUAGUUAAAGGUCCAAUGUAGCUGUUUAUUUUAUUUUUAUCUCUAUAAAAUCAUUUCUGGGUAACAAUUAAGUAUGUGACUGUUCAAUUAAAGUGGUCAACAGGAAAUAAAUGGCUUCUUGGUGAAGAGCAAUUCCUCAACCAAGAAUUUUGGGGAGGGUAAAACAGAACUAUCUAUUGACAGAGCUCUUUCUUAUUGGUGAUGUUACCAGACAGGCCAAAACUCUGAGGCAGUCUUUUCAAACAGCUCUUACACUACCACCUUUUUCAAAACGUCAGUAUUUCAACCUCUGUGGAAAUAUGUAUAUUAAA